AUGUUCCAGAGCAUAUUGAAUAGGCUCGUGGAUGGUAUCACUAUCAUGCAGUUAGAUGGAAUAGGCUCAUGGAUGAUAUCACUAUCAUGUACUGCAAAAAUGCAUCGUAUCAUCUUCUCAUCUCUAUUCAGUUUCAAACCAUCUCUAUCAUGGAAAAGAAUCCGAGAGAUCAAGGAAGCGAGCCAAUCCCGUACUCCACAAUCCCUCACCUCAAAAUCCAUAUCAAUAAGAUUUGACAGCACCCUCAAAUUGCACAUCAAAUUUAACCAACGAGUAUUCACCUAUGGGAUUCCAAAUCCAAAUCCAACUCCUAAAUUGUCAAUGACACAGUUAAAUCUUAUCCAGACAAGUCUCCCCAUUUAA